UUCAAGAAGCCAAGGUAUUGAGAAGAUGUGGGUGUCCAUUUUGGCUGUGCUAUUGUCUGCAUCAGCUGCUUCAUCUCAGUACAUAGUGGAGACACUUCCUGGGUUUCCUGGUAGACUUCCUUUUAAGCUUGAAACCGGUUACAUAAGUGUCGGUGAGAUCGAGUUCUUCUACUACUUUGUGCAGUCUACUGGGAAUCCUGAAGCUGACCCUCUUCUACUUUUCAUGAAUGGGGGUCCUGGGUGUUCAGGGUUGAAUGCCUUCUUGUACCAGAUUGGUCCACUUAAAUUCAAUAUUGCUGAUUACACUGGGGGUCUGCCGUCAUUACUCUAUGAGCCAGAUGCAUGGACCAAGACAGCAAACAUUAUAUUCAUAGACGCACUGAUAGGCGCCGGUUUCUCCUACACGAUGACUGCAUCAGGAUACAAUUGUACGGACUCACUGAAUGCUGCACAGAUACAGACCUUCUUAAGAAAUUGGUUGGCGGCUCAUCCAAGUUUUGAAACUAAUCCGGUGUUUGUUGGUAGCGAUUCUUAUGCCGGAAUAUAUACUCCCCUGGUUGCUACAGAAAUCCUGCAAGGGAAUGAAGCUGGACUUAGACCAUAUGUUCACCUUAGGGGAAUGAUACUAUCAUGUCCUCACACGGACACCAAUCUUGAAACAAACGCUUUAGAAAGACAUUGUGGUGGGAAUUUUGUGGAGUCGACAAACGCAAACUGCACAGAGGAUCUGGCAACGUGCAAUGAGCUAACUGAAUUGAUCAACCCAACAAAUGUUCUUGACCCUGUUUGUACUUUCAUUUCACCAAAAUCGAAAGAGGCUUUCAAAUUAGCAGUAUCAAACCAAAAGAACCACAGGAGGUCCCUCCAACAUUUCACCAAGGAUCAUCUCGUGUCACUACCGAGACUUCGCGACCAUCAGUGCUCAUAUUUCGAAUAUCUACUCUCCGAUAUAUGGGGUAAUUAUCCAGGCGUACAAGAAGCUCUUCACGUGCGACCGGGAACCGUCAGCGAAUUUUUCAGGUGUAAUAUUUCCUUAGCCUACACCGAGGAUGUCACCAGUGUUCUCGAUUAUCAUAAGAAUCUCACCAAUCUGGGCAUGCAAGUUCUAGUUUUCGGGGGUGAUCAUGACAUGUUUAUGCCGCAUAACGGCCUUGAAGAGUGGAUAAAAUGGCUUGAUCUGACGGUUGAUAUAGAUUGGCGACCGUGGUUUUUAGAUGGCCAAGUUGCGGGGUACACAAGGAACUACGAACACAGCGGAUAUCGAUUGACUUAUGCAACAAUAGAGGGAGCUGGUCACUCGCCUACAGAAUCCAAACGCGGAGAAUGUUACAAGAUGUUUAACAGAUGGAUUCAUUAUCAUCCUCUGUAGAUCUACGCGUUUAAGAGUGGGUGCUAGAAUAAAAUUCUGUUCCUAAAUUAUGAGGAAAACUUUAUUCACCAGUUAU